AUGUUCUGCGGUGGAAAGAAAGGAUCAGUCGAGGAGCUAAAGGUGUCCGAUGACAUUGACAAGUCGUUGAGACAGGACCAGAGACGAAGGAAGAAGGACAUACAGAUUCUGUUGCUUGGCGCUGGUGAAUGUGGCAAGUCUACAAUCUUUAAGCAACUAAAGAUCCUACAGGACAAUGGCAAGUGGACAGAGAAUGAGUUGAUCGAGUUCCGCAACUCUAUCUUUGUAAAUGUCACCACUCAGAUGCAAGUGUUGUUGGCUGCUGCUGAGCAGUUCAAUGCUGACUUGUUACCAGAUAAUAUAGAACCAGCAAUCAGAAUCAAAGAAUACCAGAGUUUGUCCGAUGCAUGGACUAAAACCAUUGGUGAGGAUUGUGCUAAAGUAUGGUCUGAUCCUGCCAUCAAGACAAUAUACGAAAGAAGAGACAAGGACUUCCAACUCAAUGACUCGGCCAAAUAUUUCUUUGAUAGCUUGGAAAGGAUAUCACUUCCAAACUAUCUACCAACACCACAGGAUGCUCUGCGAUCAAGAGUGAUGACAAAGGGCAUUGUGGAGGCAGAUGUAGUGUUUGAGGAUAUAUCGAUGAAGGUGGUCGAUGUGGGAGGACAGCGAUCACAGAGAAGAAAGUGGAUUCAUUGCUUUGACGGAGUGUCUGCCGUGAUCUUUGUGGCGGCACUCAGUGAAUACGAUCAGAGAUGUCGUGAGGCCAAUGUCAACCGUCUCGACGAGUCACUCAAACUCUUCUCCGAGAUUGUCAACAGUCAAUGGUUUACAGAGACACCCAUCAUCCUUUUCCUCAACAAGAAGGAUCUACUCAUUGAGAAGUUACAACGUGUACCAUUCUCAAGAUAUGAUCCAUCAUAUACUGGUGACAACUCAUCAGGCGAUGUAUCAAGCAACAUAAAGAAACGAUUCUAUUCACUGAUGAAGAACAAUAGCAAUCUUUAUUGUCACAUGACAAUUGCAAUCGAUACACAGAACAUAGACUUUGUAUUCAAGGCUGUCAAGGAGAUCCUGCUGAGGGAGACCAUCAACGAAUUCUAG